AUGCCUGCCAAUAGCCCUUCCCAGCAUAGCUCCACGUUGGCCAUCUCACCGCUUGUCGCCAACAGAACACAUGACACGACGCUCAGAUCAACUCCAAACCAGCCUCUGUUCCCAAGUCCAUUGGCAGACAGAACUGCAAAUAUACCCAGUCACCACUCUGGCGGUAAACUAUCCAAUGGUAACAACGCACAGCCAACUACAACCACAAACUUGUCGCCUGCUGAAAAAUUGAGACUCUGGAGGCACGAUGCUCUAAUGCAACAUCACUACAAAGCUGCAGAAUAUAUUGGUGAUAAAGUAUUGGCUUUAACAAAUGAUCCAAAUGAUGCAUUUUGGUUAGCACAAGUAUAUUACUCUAAUGGUAACUAUUACCGGGCAAGACAACUAUUAGCAAGAGACAAUCUGGAUUCUUCAAGUGUCAGUUGUCGUUAUUUAUCGGCAUUAUGUUUAGUUAAACUGGAGAAAUGGGAUGAAGCGUUAGAUAUUGUUGGUGAAACAAAUCCAUUCAAAAAUGAAACUCAACAUGUUAAAAAUUUAGACGGUGGUAUUAAACUAGAGGCGUCGUUGUGUUAUGUGCGAGGUCAGAUCUAUGCUAAUCAAAAUAAUCUUGAAAGGGCAAAAGAUUGUUAUAAAGAAGCAGUGUUAGUUGAUGUGAAAUGUUAUGAAGCAUUUGAUGAACUAAUAACAAACAACAUGCUCACUCCUCUAGAAGAAUGGGAAUUACUUUCAUUGUUGGAUUUUUCCGAUACAGAUGAGAAUGCAGAACUUAUCAAAUCUCUAUAUACAACAAGAAUUAACAAAUACUUGAAUGUGGAUAAGUUUGAAGAUGCAGAAAUCAGAUUAAAAGAAGAAUUCAGCCUUGAUAAGAAUCAUACAGUCAUGUUUAGUAGAGCUGAGCUUCUUUUCAUGCAAUGCAGAUUCCAAAACUGUUUAGAGAUUUGUGAAAAGAUCCUUCAAGAAGAUCUGUUCAAUUUUUCAGCCUUACCGAUAUAUUUAUCAUGUUUGCAUGAAUUAGGUGGAAAAAACAAGUUGUUUUUAACAGCUCAUAAACUAGCUGAACAUUAUCCAAAUCAUUCAAUAACGUGGUUAGCUGUUGGUAUUUAUUAUUUGGCAAUCAACAGAAUAUCAGAGGCAAGAAAAUUCUUUUUGAAAUCAUCAGUUUUGAAUCCAAAUUUUGGUCAAGCCUGGAUAGGAUUCGCCCAUACAUUUGCAGUUGAAGGAGAACAUGAGCAAGCAAUCUCUGCAUAUUCAACUGCUGCAAGGUUUUUCCCAGGUACACAUUUACCAAACUUAUUUCUUGGUAUGCAAUACCUUCAAAUGAGUAAUUUGGCACUAUCAGAAGAAUAUUUAUUGUCAUCUUAUUCAAUCUGCUCCUCUGACCCUUUACUUUUGAAUGAGAUGGGUGUGAUCUACUAUCAUAAGAAUGAAUUAACAAAUGCUGAAAAUUAUUUCAUGCAGGCAUUAAAAGCAUCCAAAAGAAGUAACUCUGACUCAAAAGCAUGGUUAUCAAUACAUGCAAAUUUGGGUCAUGUUUAUAGAAGAUUAAACAUGUUUACAAAAUCAUUGGCAUGUUUUGAAAAAGUGUUGAAAAUAUCAAAUAAGGAUUCAAAUAUUUAUUCGGCAAUUGGGUUAAUUUAUUUGAAAAUUGGAGAAGUUUCGAAAUCGAUUGAAAAUUUACAUUAUGCAUUAGCUAUAAAUCCAAGUGAUCCAGUUCCAUCAGAUCUAUUGAAAAGAGCACUUGAAGAAAACUCACCUGGAACUUUUGGAUUUUUCACAAACUCAGCUGAUAGUUUUAGUGGAGAUUCAUCUUUAUUGAUGAAUAAGAAAAGAAAUAACCCAGCAGCUACACCUCUGUUCAAUAGAAAUAGACAAGCUGUAACUCAACAUGGAAAUACAUUGGACCAAAGUGUUGAACAAAGAGCUGCUGAUUUAAUCAAUGGGGAUGAUUCAAGUGAUGACGAUGAUGCUAUAAUGGAAAUAGAGAGUGAAUAG